GAAAUGCACCUUACGGAGAAAAUCCAUUUUACCCUCAAAGAAAAGCUAGGUAGCAAAACAAUGAUACAUGGCAUAAACGGGCGUUUGUUUUAACAUUGGAGUUCCUUUGUAAUCUUCGCGAGUAGCACGUGGAUCAAGGCAAGUCGAACUCAAACUCCCGAGUCCUGUUUGUCUUUGAGAUCGAGUUGACAACUUCAGUUCAAUCCCACUUAUCACUUUGAGGGGAGAAGAAAAAAAGUCUAAAUUUUCCAGCAAACCACUGAAAGAAAGAUGAAAGGAAUCGCGUUUUCACCAUCAAACAACUUCAAUUGCUACUCCAAAAUCCAAACCAAUCAAACACCCCAACCCAUUAAAUCCUUAACCCAAAUCCCAUUUCCCUUAUUCAACCACAAAAACCAAAACCUGCCCCCUCUCUCGUUUUCCAUAAACUCAACCAAAACCACCCAAACCCCAAUUACCCAACCUCCCCCCUUAGUAGUUGUUGGCUCAGCAAAUGCAGAUAUCUAUGUGGAAAUCGACAGAUUACCCAAAGAAGGGGAGACCAUUUCAGCCAAAAAUGGCCAAACUCUUGCAGGAGGCAAAGGAGCCAACCAGGCAACCUGUGGAGCCAAACUUUCUUACCCAACAUAUUUUGUAGGGCAAGUAGGUGAUGAUGCACAUGGGAAAUUGAUAAGUGAGGCAUUGAGAAAUGCUGGGGUCCGCUUGGAGUAUUUGAAGAGUUUGGGUGGUGGUGUGCCUACUGGUCAUGCUGUGGUGAUGUUGCAGUCUGAUGGGCAGAAUUCUAUUAUCAUUGUUGGUGGUGCUAAUAUGAGUUGUUGGCCUGACAAGUUGUCUGAUCAGGACUUGGAUGUUGUUAAGAAGGCUGGCAUUGUUUUGCUUCAGAGGGAAAUUCCUGAUUCUGUUAAUAUUCAAGUUGGUAAGGCUGCAAGGAGUGCAGGUGUUACUGUAAUUAUGGAUGCUGGUGGAAUGGAUGCACCAAUGCCCCAAGAACUGUUGAAUUUUGUUGACAUCUUUAGCCCAAAUGAAUCUGAACUUGGCCGAUUGAUUGGAAUGCCUACUGCAAACUUUGAGCAGAUUUGUCAAGCGGCUGCAAAAUGUCAUAAAAUGGGUGUUAAGCAAGUUCUUGUGAAACUUGGUGCCAAAGGAUCUGCUUUAUUUGUAGAAGGUGAGAAACCAAUUAGACAACCUAUCAUUCCUACUGCACAAGUUCUGGAUACAACAGGAGCGGGUGAUACUUUUACUGCAUCUUUUGCUGUGGCUCUAGUAGAGGGGAAGUCCAAAGAGGAAUGCUUGAGAUUUGCUGCCGCAGCAGCCUCUCUUUGUGUUCAAGUGAAGGGAGCCAUUCCUAGCAUGCCUGACAGGAAAUCUGUUUUGAAUCUUCUUCACUAUGUUUGAUUUUUUUUUUUUCGCUGGUUUCUAUUGGGUGCUAUGUACCUUAUAAAUAAAACAUAAGAGGUCAUUUUGGUUUACUGGAGUUUUGAGAGUGACAAAAUUUUUUUGUUCGGGGAAAAAUAUGAAAUCGGUGGGAAAAUGUUAUGUCAAAUAAUCGAAUUAGUUGUUUUUUUUUUUAAUUAUUAUGUUAUGUAAUAAAAAGCUAAUAAUACUACAUUUUGUUACUUUUACAAUUUCUCUGUUAUCACAAAAUUGUACUAUC